UGUAUGUUGGACGUUCGAGUCGAUCACCAACCAGGACAAAAAUUUAGCAACAACUUUUCAGGUCGUAUAAAAAACAAGAGUGGCGUGUAAAAACUACUGCAUAUGUUGUAAACAAAAACUGAAAACAUCUAAUUCGUUCUUUUAUAUUUAAAAGUGUGCAGUUGAACUUAUUACUUACCUUAAUUAGGAAUAUAAAAUCACUGAGUGAAAAGUGUGUCAAAAAGGAAAGAGCAAUAAUACGAAAAAGAGCAUACUAAUCGUUUACGAUGUCGGCUGCUUUGAGUCCCUUACAUUGUGAUCUAAGGUCAUAUUCAAGGCUUUGGCUCGGCGAGUUCAUUGAACUUUAUCAACAGGAAGAAUGUUUAUGGCACCCAAAACAUCCAGAUUAUAGCAAUCAUAGUGUACGUAAUAAGGCCUAUGAUCGUUUGGUAGAAAAACUUAAGGAAGUUGAACCGAAUCCAGAUCGUGCGAUGGUUGUGCGCAAAAUCAACUCAUUGCGUUCUGCAUUCAGACGGGAAUUUCGUAAAUCAAGUUCAAAAAACAACUAUGAAACUAGAUUGUGGUACUAUGACAAAUUGCUGUUCAUCGCCGAACAAAAUCCCAAACGUCUUGCAGCUUUGCGUGAUGCCAAAACACCUAAACGACCGUUAGCAAUCAGUUUCGAUGUGGACGAUUCUAUGGAGUUUGAAGAGGAACCUGUUGUAGAAGCUGCUACAGUAUCACCAUCAGAGAAUAUCAAUCAUAAUAAUCAAGCCACUGAAAUUAAAACUGUAACUGUAACAGCGGGUGAAUGUGUCAUUGUGAAAGAUGAAGAUCAGCACCAACAGCAGCAUCAAAAUCAAAUUCAACAUCAGCUGCAGCAUCAACACCAACACGAAUUACAGCAACAACAACAUAGCGCCGAACAACACAUGCAACAUGCAACAACCACAACGCAACCGCAGCACGCAACUGAAGUCAAAGUUUUGGAAAUAACAUCUCUCGACACAAAUUCGCAGCGAGAAAUACAACAGGCUGUCAAUUCGCUGGAACAACAUCAGCAACAUAUUCAACAGCAAUUGCAUCAACAGCAACAUCAACAACAACAGAAUCAGGGUGGUUCAGCGCAAAUCGCACAAAUUCAUCAGCAAGUUCCAACCAUACAAAUUGCACGUGAGCACCUGCAACCGUUGUUCGGUAACUCGUAUGCAACGACUACAACUCACCGACAGGAGGAUGAAUACGACGCUAUCGGUAUAAAUGUGGCAUCCAAGUUGCGAGUAAUGAAUCCAACUCAACGAAUUAUUGCCGAGAAAUUAAUUAGUGACGUGCUAUUCAAUGGGCAAUUAGAUAGUCUCAGCGUCUCUUCAACUUUGACUCAGUGAAAAUACAUAUGUCUUUGUAACACAGCAAAUUUUGUGCAGGUAAUAAUUUACAAUCUAAGUUAUUAGGAUUUAUAUAAGUAAGCAAAUAGUUAUAUAAGUUCUAAUUGUAUGAUAUAAAUACUAAAAUUUAAGAAGUUUUUCUAAAAUUGUGCUACGGUAUAUAAAACAUUUUAUAUACAACAUUAAAUAUUAUGUUUAGCUUGGAAAAUAUACAUAUUUAGCCGGUACAUUUGGUACCAUCCUUCUUAUUCUGUUUAUAGUUUGUUUAACAUUAUAAUACGACCAUUUAAAUAAAAUAAACCUUAUCUUAAACUGAAUGUAGGGAUUUGUAUAGCUACAUACAUAAAAACUGUUUAUACUAUUCAAUUGUGUAAAUACAUGUGAGUAAUCUCAUCUCAAUUUGGCAGAAAGAACUCGCUGAAUAUUAUUAAAAAAUAAAGUAUAUUUUACUGUAUAUUGA